UUCCAAGCACAUCUCAGGAAUAUGAAGGCGGCAGGAGAUCUGCUUGAGAUCUCCUUUCCGACCUGUUCUAGUGGCCAGCCUUCCACGCACUGAUCUAGGCUGCCCGGGAAUCUUCUUGUCUCUCCAGAAUUCUUUGCGCAGUUUGCUAAGUGGCACGCAGAGGGGAAAGUGUUUGCCACAAGCCCGUUUCUGCCACUAUCAUAAGUGUGUUCGAAUGCCGGAAGGGGUCACGCUCUUCCAGCAUCCAGUGGAUAUGGCACAACUUCAAGCGGCCGGCGGAGCUGACAACAUCUCGCACGAAAUCCUCCAUGCUCUGGAUCCAUCUAUAAUUAUCAAUGACAUGCAUGACCAAUUGCAUCUGCAACCCUCUGUUCGCUUCCAAUUCCUUAUGUUGGUUUGGCAGCACGUUCACCAUAAUUGUGGCAAUCGCGGCCACCUGGGCAAACCGCAUCGUGCUAUCGAUGCCCCUUUGCCAGCCCACAUACAGCCCGCUAUUCGAUCGUUCUUGAUCACAUACGGACACCAGAUUUGGCCCGACCCUGGCGAUGGACGUGCUCGACAGCAUUUGACUCCUACCUCUCGCUACUCGUACAACGGCUAUUGGAAUGCGCGUUUCGGCGCCCACGAGGUCCACGAGCCUUAUAUGUCUCUGCAUGGAAGCGAGGAUGUGCCUGGGAAUCCUGGUGAUGUUGCACCAGGUGUCAUGGUCGCCGGAAACACUUCUUCGAAGCUGGAUACCGUUCUUCGGCUGUAUUUCUCGGCCAUGUUACGACUGCCGGGUGGUGGCGAGGGUGGAAUCGUGGCAAACACUCUCGAACCAGGUCAAUUGUUGCAAAUCAUAGUGGCUCCACAGCAGGAUCAGCAGCAGCAGCAGCAACCACACCCAGCGAGGGCGACCUAUGUUCCACAGCAACAGCAGCAGCAGCAGCAGCAGCAGCCAGAGUCACACCCAGCGAUGCCGAACUAUGCUGAUACAUUCGAACAUUCGCUUCAUAAAUCACAGCUGAGUCCAGCCAUGGCGACCAAUCCCUGGGCGCAGUCCAGCUCGUCGUCAUCAUCAGCAUAUGUGCAGCGUCUCCACGCCUACCUUCACCCCAACGAGCCGUUCCAAGACCAGCAACAACAGUCGUCAGACCUAUCUACUCAUCAGCAUCAAGGCAAGCCUCAACCUCGGGCAGCAAACGCCUUGCCUUUCGUGCCCACGAUUGAUGCUGCGCCCACCGGCCGCGGCCGAGGGAAAACGAAGCAACAGUCUCAGUCCGGCCUCAGAUGGACCAAGAGUGUCAGACCUGGUGGCGGGCCAGGCGCCAGAUUGCCUUUUCGUGAAGAAGUAUCUCCGAAGGAUAUGAGUGGGCAACCAGAAGAGGGCGAUAAACGAGGACGUAUGAUGGACACGAGAGGGAGGAAAUCCGGUGUCAAGUUUGGACCUGUAAAUUGGGGUGCCUAA